AUGGCCGAGCAGGAGGCCAGCGCGCUGCAGAUGCUGCUGCACACGCUCCAGAGCUCCAGCGACCGGGAGUCCAUCCUGACCAUCCUCCGGGUACUGGACGAUCUGCUGUCUAUUGGCACAGAUCGCAGGAUCCACUACAUGAUCAGCAAGGGUGGCAGUGAGGCCCUGCUGCGGACCCUGGUGGACAUGGCGAGGACGGACCCCCCCGACUACGAGGCCCUCCUGCCUCUCUUCCGGCUGCUGGCCAAAGUGGGCCUGAGAGACAAAAAGAUCGGGCAGAAGGCCCUGGAGCUGGACGCACUCGACGCGACGCUGAUCCUGGCCAGGAAGAACGUGUCCCACAGCUGGAACCUCCUGCACUGCCUCUGGGCUCUGCGUGUGUUUGCCGGCCAGGUCACCACAGCAGCCAUGCUGGGCAUCAACGGAGCCUUGGAGCUGCUUUUCCAGGUCAUCCCUCCUUACACUUGCAAGCGUAUGCGGACUAUCAGGGCAGCCACGGAAGUCCUAGCUAUGCUGCUGAGAUCCAAGUCCAACAGCCGCAGGGCGGUGAACCAGGGCUACGUGGGCAGCCUGCUCAGGCUAUACCAGGACUGGCACAGCCACGACACGGCCAACAGCUUCAUGCUCCUCCGCCGGGGCCUUCUGCUCUGCCUGAGGAACGUCACGGCUGUGUGCUCUGGCCGGGAGGCCUUCCGGGCGGCGGGGGGCCUGGAGCUGCUCUUCAGCAUCACUCAGAAACACCUGGAGGACAGCAGCAUGGAGCCCGUGGUCUCGGCCAUGCUUCAGAUCCUGCGGCAGUGCUGCCCGAGGAGCCCCCUGCCCCUGGCCACAGCCAGCUGUGCCUACACAGCCCUGGUACCGGGGAGUGCUGCCCCCACCCCACCCCGGGUGGUAACUGACGGAGAUUUUGAAGAUGACGGUGAUGAAGAGCUGGAUGAAGACUUGGAUCCUGAAGAUGGGAAAGAGGACGAUGACCUGGACACAGACGUAGGCAAACUGAGUUCCGAUCCUGGCUGUGACUGGCCUGAAGAGGAGCUGGCGCAAUAUGAGGCCAUGUGUCCUGAGCUCUCCUGCAGCUUGGAGGAACUGGAGCCCCGAUGUGGAAGUGCGGCGAACUUGCCACAGACCUGCUGUGCCAAUCCCCAGCACAUUUCGAGUGCUGCCCCUGCCACACAGCGUGGCUUGGGUCAGGACCCAGAAGCCCAGGAGCAAGAAUGCAAAAACACUGGGCAUACUUCUCUUCUGAGCAUGGUGAAGACGGUGAGGGCUGCUGUGCCCCUGGGCGUCCGGAGAAGGGCGAGGAGCCCGCACCCAGGUGGACAAGCCAAUGACCUUGGGGUGGACUCACCUGGAAAGCAAAGCCCUUGUACCCAGGCCUCCCCUGGAGAGCACGCGUGGGAUGUGGAGGCCAUCUCCUGCCCCAGGCUGGAUGCCUCCUGGGACAGUCCUCCCGGAGGGCCCGCACACCCACUGGCAGAGCUCCUGGAGCUGCACCCCCAGCAUGUCCGUUUCCACGACCCCCACCUGUAUGUGGCCAAAGCGAAAGGAACCAGAUCUGUGGUGGCCUUGGAGAGGGUGGCCUUUCCUGACCUCUGGGGACACUGUCCACCUCCCUCUGCCCAGCCCAUGUUGGAACGUACACGUGGAGUGCAAAGGGUCAAGAUCCUUGAGGACAUCCGGAGGCUUAUCCAGCCAGCUGAUAUCACCUACAAAGUGGUCUUCAGCUUGGACGAGCCUGGGCUUUCGCAAGACACCACUUCCAGCUGCCUGAGGUUCUUUUCCAAGUUUGAGUCAGGCAACCUGCGCAAGGCCAUCCAAGUGCGGGAGUUCGAGUAUGACUUGCUGAUCAACGCUGACAUUGGCAGCUCCCAGCACCAGCAGUGGUUCUACUUUGGGGUGAGCGGGAUGAGGGCUACUGUCCCUUACCGCUUCAACAUCAUCAACUGCGAGAAGCCCAACAGCCAGUUCAAUUACGGGAUGCAGCCGACCCUGUAUUCGGUGAAGGAGGCCCUCCUUGGCAGACCUGGCUGGGUGCGGGUUGGCUCUGAGAUCUGUUACUACAGGAACCAGUACGCUCAGGGUGUGGCUGGUGCCGGCGGAGCGCCCGGGAGGUGUCACUACACCCUCACCUUCUGCGCCACCUUCCCGCACGGUGAGGACGUCUGUUACCUGGCUCACCACUACCCCUACACCUACUCAGCCCUCAUGACACAUCUUGAGCUGAUGGGAAGAAGCGUUAGCCACAGGCAGGUCUAUUUCCGACAAGAGGUCCUCUGCCACACGCUGGGAGGGAAUGCGUGUCCUCUGGUGACCAUCACGGCCAUGCCUGCAUCCAACAGCGCUGACCAUCUGGAAGAGCUCCGACAUCGACCCUACCAGGUGAUCACUGCCCGGGUCCACCCAGGAGAGAGCAACGCCAGCUGGGUGGUGAAGGGGACCCUGGAGUUCCUGGUCAGCGGGGACCCUGUGGCAAGGCUCCUGAGGGAGGCCUUCAUCUUCAAAAUCAUCCCCAUGCUCAACCCAGAUGGCGUCAUCAGUGGCAAUCACAGGUGCUCACUGAGAGGGGAGGACUUGAACAGGCAGUGGCUUGCGCCCAGCAUGCAGUUCCAGCCCACCAUCUACCACACCAAAGGCCUCCUCCACUAUCUGACCAGCAUUGGCCGCAGGCCCGUGGUCUUCUGUGAUUUCCACGGCCACUCUCAGAGGAAGAACGUGUUCCUGUACGGGUGUAGUGUCAAGGAGACCCUGUGGCAGGCAGCGUGCCCAGUGGGCUCAGCCAAUCUCUUGGAGGAUGUCAGCUACAGGGCACUCCCCAAGAUCCUUGAUAAGCUGGCACCGGCGUUCACCAUGAGCGGCUGCAGCUUCCUCGUGGAGAAAUCCCGAGCCUCCACGGCCCGCGUGGUGGUGUGGCGUGAGAUGGGCGUGUCCAGGAGCUACACCAUGGAGAGCAGCUACUGCGGCUGCAACCAAGGCCCCUACAAGGGUUUGCAGUUUGGAACAAGGGAGCUGGAAGAAAUGGGUGCCAUGUUCUGCCUGGGCCUCCUCGUCCUGGAACUCAAGUCCGCCGGCUGCCGCCAACAUCUUCUAGCCCGUGCUGCAGCUCUGCUGGACUCGGAGGAGGCGGCUCUGGACCUGUGCCUACAGCGGUGCAGCGGCAGCAGCGGCACCGCAGAGCUGGACGAUGAGCCCCCGUGCGCCGAGGAGGUUGAGUACAGCGUGGACAGCGGCUCAGACCUGGACGCCAGCUUCCCUGAGCUCGACCGGCAGCUCCGGGACUGCACCUUGACUGCGGAGGAAGGGGAGGAGGAAGAGGAGGAUCUGAAGAGCAGGAGAAGAGGCAUCCCGUAGCCCAGCCGUG